AUGACCUGUGUAGUCCCUGCUGGUUUUCGUUCUCUCCCGCUAUCCGUCACGCAACUCUCACUUAGCGCAGUGCUGCAGUGUGGCCAGUCUUUCCGCUGGAGUAUUUUCCCGCUGGUCAUACCCUCGAUCUCCCCUGGCACAACCCUUCACUCUCCAACACACGAGUAUCGCCUGUGCUUGCGUGACCGCAUUGUCUGUCUUCGUCAAUGUCCCGACAUACUCUUCUACCGUUCGGUGUUCCCUAACACAUCUGGCGAACUGGACUUAGAGGUCUUGGCUCAACGAGAGAAGGAAACACUUGCAUGGAUACACGACUACUUUCAGCUUAAUGUCGACCUGGUGAGCCUCUACAACCAGUGGGGUAAGCGCGAUCCGGUCUUUCAGAAAUGCAAAGAAAGGUUCAGUGGGAUCAGAAUGCUGAGGCAGGAUCCCUUCGAGAAUAUCAUAUCGUUCAUAUGUUCGUCGAACAACAACAUUGUACGAAUCACGAAAAUGGUCAAGGCGCUCUGUCAGCGUUAUUCACCUGCACUAGCCACAAUUCCACCCCCUGACAUGGCACAAAAUACAUCAGACGAGGCCACCUUGCGGAAUCUGCCGCUCACCGAGACAUAUCAUCCGUUCCCGCCGCCCUCGGCCUUGGCUCGGCCAGAAGUUACGGCGACCCUUCGAAGCCUCGGCUUUGGCUAUCGUGCAGACUAUAUACAGAAAACAUGCAAAAUGCUUGUUGAUGCCCGCGGGUCGGGGAAUAUCCAGGGUAAUCAGGUUGAACCAGCCGAAAGCUGGCUUCAAACGCUCAGGAACCUUUCUACGCUGGAAGCGCGAGAUGAGCUAUUAAAAUUUGUUGGUGUUGGGAGAAAGGUUGCAGAUUGCGUCCUUCUUAUGAGUCUAGACAAGCAUGAAGUCAUACCCGUUGACACUCAUGUCCACCAGAUCGCGGUUAAGCACUACGGCAUGAGCGGCUCAUCAAAAUCCAAAAUGGCCAUGACACCUAAACUGUACGACGAAGUGAGCAACAAGCUUGCAGCCGUGUGGGGAGACCACGCGGGAUGGGCGCACUCGGUGCUCUUUACGUCCGAUUUGAAAUCUUUUGCUUCCUAUGGCCUCCCAUCGCCAUCUCCGUCGCUAUCUACACGGACAGAGACUCUGCAACGUGCGGGUAAAACGGAACAGAUGGAUACCAUGAUGCCUCCCUCUACACCAACAAUUGGAAAGCGGAAACGAGGUCGACCGGUAUCGUCUUCGAUCAAAGUCGAGUUAUCAUCAGCCGCGGAACAAUCAUGCGAUAUCAUGGUUCAAACACGUUCUCCACUCGCUUUACAUGAUGACUUUGGAGAACAUACUAGCAUGGUCGACCGUGUGAAGCAGCGACGACGCAGGGUGAUAUAA